GAUAAUUGGCUAUGUUGUGGUUUUGCGCGACUUCCGGCACAUUAGCAACGUCGUAGCAGCGCGAAAGUGGCACGUUGACGCUGCCUCGAAUGUCACGCAGCUCUUAGCUGCGUCCCAACACAUAACCAAGUCCACUCCUCGCGUAACUCUCUCGACCAGCGACAACAAUGGGAUAUACUUUGGAAAUCUAAUAGGUUGCUCAUUCAGAGGGGAACAUGGAGGAGGCGGACAAUGGAUGUGAAUGGGAUGUGGCGUCUGACACCUGCGAACUGGCAACCGAGCAGCUUAGCUCUGAUGAAGAAACUGAUGGCAAGGAAGAGGAUGACUUUAAGACGGACGACUUUAAGGAUGGAGAAGUAAACGAGUUUCCUGAUCUGGAAUGGUUAGAAGAGUUGUACCAAGAGAACGAUAGCGAUGAUGACCUUGCGGGUGAGCCUGGCGAUGAGAAGCAGAGGACUUUUUCAGCGACAGCGCGGAUGUUCAAGCUGAGACGGAACCUGGACCAGCUGGACAACUUCCACAGACAGAAGGAAAGUGCCCUGCUGAAAGCCAGAGAAGACCUCAACCGCUUACAUCACAGCAUUGAGAGUCUACUGGAGCAGCGGGAUGUCUUGGAGCGAGAAAUAGAAAAUCAAGAGGCAGCAAAGAACAGUGUGGCAGUUAUUCGUUUGCGGGCUCAGCAGAAGAAUCUGUGUUACGAGCUGCAGAGGGAAGAAGAGAUUGAGGCCCACACCAACAAUGAGCUGAGGCAACAAGAAUUAGAGCUGAGCGAGGUUGAGCUGGAGGUGGGCAAGUUCUCCAUGCUGCGGCAGGAAGUGCAAGAGGAGGAGCGGGUCUUCCAGAUACUCAAAGCCCAGAAUGCAGUGCAAAGGCUACAGCAGGAGAAGAACAACAGCCAUACCCUGCAGCUAAAGAUUCAAAAUCUCAAAAAUUUUGAUAGGAGAAAUUCAGACAUGUUGGAGAAAAUGGGAACUUUGAGCGAGAAGAAAACUGAAGAUGGCCGGACAAACCGCAAAGUAGGGGCCAAGUACUUGAAGGAAACUAUCAGAAGAAUGCAACAGCAAGAGGUUGAGAGAGAGCAGAAGAAGAGAGAGUCAAUGCAAAAGAGAAUACAGGCUGUCAAGUUACUGAAAUCUAACAUUGAAGCAACCCAAGAAAACUUACGGGUCAGACACAGCCGAGCCAAAGCAAACACCCUGAAGAAAGAACGGCAACAGAAACGUCUGAAAGAAUCCUUGCAUGCGCAAGGCAUCAACAGCACCAGGCACAUAUACCAACAGAAACGAGACGAGGAGAUGAAACAAAAGCAAGAGGAAUUCAAGGAGAGACAGAAGGCGAGAAGACUAGAGAUUGUGGAAAAGCUCGUAGAGGAGGAGCAGCUGGUGAAGAGUAGAAAAGCACACCAGGCACCGUUGCCAAAAACCAAAACUGGUCACAAGAUCCUUUCCCCAGGCAGGAUACGAGAGAAGCUCCUGCGUUACCUGGAUUCCGUACACCCAUCGGGCACAGAGAGAGACACAACAUUAAGAAACUUCAGCGCUAGCGGCUCAUCUUCAGAGUCAGAGUACCAGGAGGACAUUAUCCCAAAGGAAAUGCAGCACCCGAGCCUUCCUGACAGCCUGGAAGAGCCCGAGUUCUGUGGGCUGUGGGACCAAAAGUUCAAGCUCCCCUUGAAUGAGAAGACACAUUUGACCCCGACAGAAGUGAAACGAGAACCUGCAGUAGUUUACCGAAAGCUCAGCACAACCCCCAAAAAAGUUGGUGGAAAACAGAUAAAAGGGCCUUCUUUCACCAGUAAACCAGAAGUAAUCCUUUUCAAGGACUUUGAAGUGGGGGAAACCUAUAAAAAGAAAGUAAUCCUGACGAACAUCAGCUAUAUCACUAACCACUGCAAAUUUCUUGGAAUCUCUGCUCAACUACAGGAUUUUAUUAUGAUCAACUUUCAACCUCCUGGUCCUUUAUCGACUGGGAUGUCCUGUGAAAUGCAAAUUACUUUCCACCCUUCGAUCAAUGAAGACCUGGAAGGAGAGGUGGACUUUGCCUCAGCAGCAGGUCGCUUCUCUGUGCAUGUCAGGUGCACCAUAAAGAGAUGUGAUUUGGAGGUCGACAACCAGUUUAUUGACUUUGGAUCGCAUGUAAUGGGCCAAAUUAUUUCGCGGACUAUCACCUUGACCAACAAAGGUGCACUAGCAACGCGCUUCAGCCUGGACACGACGAAGCCCGUUCCAGAAAUUCACCAGGUCCAGAUGCCAUCCCAUCGCUCGGCCGACACACAGCAGGACACAAUUUGUGCUGAUCAGAAUCAGAGCUCUGCAUCCGUGGCCACCAGAGAACUACACAAUAUGGAUCAUGUUUUGGAUAAGUCUUCAGUAUCCCGACAGUGCCAACGAGAAUCGCAGGUUUCAGCUGCAGAUCCGAGAUCUGCUUCUGUGUCUUCCGGCAUGCAUGCCCAGAUCGCAGAGGGCUUUUCUGACUCUUGUGACAUACGUAUAGGGAAUGUAAGAGAAGGUGAUAUUGGACCUUUUGAAAGUGUCAAACUGGAGAUAAUAUUCUCUCCGACUGUUCCCGGAGAAGUCAAAUUGGACCUCUACAUCAAGUUUUCAGAUCCGACCAGCUGCCCAAUAGCCAUCCUGGUGAAGGGUGAGGGAGUGGGCCUCCCAGUAUGGGUGGUCGAGCCCAAUAUUGACAUGAAGAUCUGCAUGUUUGACCACCUUUAUCAAGAGGUGGUCACACUCCAAAGCAGCACCAGCAGAGCCUUGAAGCUUACUUUUGACCUGUGGCCAGAGAUGAGGAAACACAUGGAGAUCAUACCAAGGACAGGCUUUCUCCAGGCUCAAUCAAGCUUCACUGCACACCUCAAGUUUGUGCCAAGGAACACCUUACCCCAAGAUGCUAAUAAGUAUUUUGACAGUGCUACUAGUGUCCUGGAGGUUCCAAUGGCAGUGCAAGUUGCAGGGCAGGUGCAGCCUGUCAUUUACACGGUCCAAGCAAUUGUGACAUCAUCCGACUUGAAGUUUGGUCAGAGCGAGGUGGACUUUGGCUACUGUUCUAUCUACCAGUCAGUCAAGAGCAGCGUACGCCUGACCAACAUGUCCCUGCUACCUCAAGAGUUUGGUUUUGUUGGCCUUCCAGAGUUUGUUGACGUCCAACCUAACGAUGGCUUCGGCACGCUUCUCCCGCAAGAAACACUGGAGAUUGAUAUCAUUUUCAGCGCCAACAAAGCAAAAGAGUACCGUUUCCAUCUAAGUUGCAAGUCAGGAAUCAACAGAGUUUUUCCCCUGGCUUGCCGUGCCAUGGGCGUUUGCCCAACGUUGGCGCUCUCCCAUUCUCUGGUGCAGUUUGGGCCCACGGCAGUUGGCGACCACUCCACCGCUCUCCUUUACCUCACCUAUAACCAAACCGUCCGAAACCAGUCCAAACAACGACCCUCUGCUGGGGCCAGACUGUUUUCCUUCACCCCACCUCAAGACUCCAGCAUCAGUAUCACUCCUGCUGCAGGACGCCUGCUGCCUGGAAAGAGGUGUUUGGUCCUGGUCACAUUUAAACCCAAAUUGGAAGACCGGGAUAUCAAGGAAGAGGCCCUGCGUCUCCUCCUCAAAGCCAAGCAGACCAAUGAGGAGGACAUUAAAAAACUCCUUGAAGAGGAGGCUAAAAGGGAGGCGGAGCCCAAUAAAGGGAAGAAAUUGUCCAAGAGCAGCAAAAUGUCUGAUUUUUCCAAAACUGCAACCCCAAUAGAGACACCACCCCCCGACAACAUAGAUGCAGGAGGUCAAAGGUUUGAGGAGGCGAGGGCGUCUUUGCUGCACUCAUUCACCUCGCGCUACAGCGAGUACACCAUCCCCUGCUUUGUGUCCGACGGAGACCCACCCGAGGAAGACAGGCAGACCCAGCCAACAUGGAGUCCUCUCAAUACCGUCUACUUGAAGCUACAAUGUCCUGCUGUACAGCCUCCUCUAGUGGUGGUAUCCAGCAAUAUCAGAAAUUAUGCCUUGGAUUUCCACCAAGUGGCAGUAGGAGAGAGAGUGAUUAAACGAUUUUCAGCCCAGAACAUUUCGGAGGAAUCUUUGGAGUUGAGGUCAUCAUUGCUGGAUAUAUAUGGCCCCUUUUCACUUCUUAACUCACUCAGAGGCAUAGGACCUGGAGAGAAACACACGCUGGUGUUGGCCUUCUGUCCUACGUUAGAAAAAAAGUACUGUGAGACUUUGGAGGUGCGCUGUCAGAAGAUGACCUUGGCCGUGACUCUGCGGGGGGAGGGAAUAGUUCCUGCAAUCACCUCCUCCCACUCUGGAGGUCUCUUGGACUUUGGUUAUGUGAUGGAAAAGGAGAGCACCUCACAGGUCCUGAAGCUCCAGAACAGCUCGGCUGUUGCAGUGGGUUUCAAGGCGAUGUUGUACAGCCUCUCGCCCUCCAAGACUCAAGGUGCUGAUGAGAAGGUGGCCCUACUGUUGGGUGGCUACACAGACUCUAAGAUCCAGCCUGUGGUGGGGACCCACAACUACAAUGGGCUAAGUGUUUUCAGUGUUCAGCCGGUGGAGGCAAGCAUUGCUGCAAGACAAAGCCAGGACGUGGUUGUCACCUUUCACCCCGAUCACCCCUCGGUCAACUAUUCGGAUCGGCUCACCAUUGAGCUUGUCAAUAAGACUAAACUGUGUGUCUUGGAUCUGAGAGGUGCAGCGUCUGCACACAAUAUGUAUCUAAAUGGAGGAGACCCACUGACAGUUCCUAUUGAAUCCCUUCUUCCUCCACUAAUAACCAGUCAACCUGAACUCGCAGGACAGUCAGAGGAGAUGGAAAUCCCUGUGUUGGUCACUCUGCGAGCGAGCUACAGUAUGGGGACCAUCAGACCUGCAGUCAGGGAGCUGCAAAUAGGCUGCAUACGGGCCAGUAAGAAGGGGAGUGAUUUUCUCUGGGACAACCUGGCUUCUCUGCAGCAGAGGGGCUUCAGUGUGGAGCCCAGCAAAGGCAGCGUAGAGGCAGGCAGCAGACACACCAUCAAGCUCACAUGGACCCCCCAGAGUGGACACAAGCCCAAUGAAGUGGUGCAGAUGUGUGUGCCUCUCACAGUAAAAGGUGACGAAACCAGGGUAUACAACGUCACCCUCAUGGCUUUAGUCUCCACUCAUGUGGACUGAUUCCUUUUUUUCAUGGAUUCUUUUCUCUAGAUAUUCUGUUAUUGAGGCAAAAGAUUUGCUAUUAUUUUUUAUUGUGGUUUAUAGGUCUAUAUGACCAGAAUGACCAUGCAUUCUGUACAGACAGAAAAAGCUGUCCUAUCUCGCUAUAUUUACAAAUGUUUUAGAAAUUCCUAACCCUGCACCUUUAUCCAGAUCUGCACCAAACUGUAUGAUAAAUCAAUGUUCUUCUUUCAUACCUAGUUUCUCUGUUUUUUGGGGGGAAAUCAGUCAAGUACAUUGCUGUGAAAAAGUAUUGGCCCCCUUCUCAAAUUAUUGUUAUUUUUUUGCAUAGUUUCCCCACUUCAAUGUUUAAGAUCAUCAAACAAAUGUAAAUAUCAGACAAAUAUAACCCAAGUUAAAAAAAAGAA